UGGUUACUUACAACAUUCAUUUUAUUAAUAUUAAUAUUAAUAUUAAUAUUAAUAUUAUUAAUAUUAUUAUUAUUAUUAGAUAAUAAUUCCAGUUUUCUUACAAUCUUGUUUUGAUAAAGUAAUGGAUCCAUCAUCUAAUUGGGUUAUUGAUACUUCCUAUGGUUUUGAUCUUAAUCUUAAUCUCUCUAACAAUCUCAAAUCUGAUGACAAGAUUAUAAAUGAUGAUGAGAUAAAAAGCGGGAAUUUAGAAGAGGAGUUGAAGAGGAUGAAUAGAGAGAACAAAAAGCUAACACAAUUAUUAGCAUCAAUGUGUGGGAAUUAUAGUGAAUUACAAAAUCAAUUAAUUGGUUUAAUAAGUCCAUCUUCAUCAAAAACCGAAAAUGAUGAAAAUUCAAGUCCAAAAAAGAGGAAGUUUUUUGAAACUUUGGAUAAUAAUAAUGGAGUACAACAAGGUAACACUGAACAAAGUUGUAUAACUUAUGAUGAUGAUUCAUGCAAAAGACUUGGGUUUUUGAGUACCAAACCUAAGAUUACUAAUAAAGUCUUUAUUCGGAUUCAUCAAUCGGAUACAAGCUUGGUGGUGAGGGAUGGAUAUCAAUGGAGAAAAUAUGGGCAGAAAACUACUAGAGAUAAUCCGUCUCCUAGAGCUUACUAUAAAUGUGCUAAUGCUCCUAUUUGUCAAGUCAAAAAAAAGGUGCAAAGAAGUGCGAAUGAUAAAUCAAUAUUGGAAGCAACAUAUGAAGGAGAACAUAAUCAUCCCCAACCAAACUCAAAGGAUCAUUUAGAUAAUAUCAAUCAUGUAAUAUUAAGUAGUAAUAAUAAUAAAAAUAAUAAUAAUAAUAAUAAUAAUAAUAACAAGAUAUGCUCUCCUACAAGCAUCCCCAGCAUAAGCCAAGAUGAUGAUCAUAUGAACCAUGAUAAGGUUGAUCAAGUAAAAGCAUUGCAGAGAGUAUUUGUAGAAGAAAUGGCAUCUUCACUGACCAAAGAUCCUUCCUUUACUUCUGCAGUGGCUGCUGCUAUUUCUGCCAAGAUGUCAUCAGCUCAGUGCAACCGUAGUGAAAGAUGGUUAUAAUUAAUUAGGAGAUUUUGAGAUAUUUUGAACUAAUUAUAUGCAAUUGAGAAUAGUUUUUAUCAUGAAAUAUACAUGAAUUCUCGUUGUUGGUUUAAUAAUUACUUAUUCAAUUUUUUUACUUUUUUUUGUUGGAAGAGAGCAGAGGGGUCAUUGAGGGUAAGUUUUAUAUAUUUACUAUAAAUAAGGCGUAAAAUAAAAAUUUUAUAUAAGCCUUAUAUUUUUCAAGACUGCUCUAGAGGAUAGUGGGAUUAUGGUAUUUUAUACAUUGCAAAUCAAGGAAAAUGAGACGAAAAUAA